AGUUGCUAUACGUAGUCUAAAUCAGUCUAUGAUGAUUGUAAUUCAUCACCUAGGCAUCUCGCAGUCUGAGCGCAUAGUUUGGCUGUGCGAGGAACUGGGAGUCCCAUACCAACUCGUCAAGCACAUACGAGAUCCUAUCGCAUCUCCAGAAUCGCUUACAAGCCUUCCCGGGAACAAGACGGGCAAGUCGCCGUACAUUGAGGACACAGAUACGGGAGUCUCUUUAAGUGAGAGCUGCGCUAUCUGUGAUUACAUCAUAUAUAGGCAUGCCGGGGGGAAACUUGCGCUUCAACCAGAUGACAUUCACUACCCUGAUUAUCUUUACUGGUAUCAUUAUGCCAAUGGUACCCAGCAGCCUGCAAUGAUGACUUCCAUGUUCCUCUCCCAUGUUCCUACCGAUGCUCCCAUCAAACAAGCUGUUGAGCAACGUCUCCACGCUAUGUUGAAGCACACUAACGACCGUCUUGCUACGUCUAAAUGGCUCGCUGGCCCUGAAUUCACGGCUGCGGACGUAAUGAGCGUGUACGGCUUGACAACACAACGAUAUUGGGGUCCACAAGUCAGUCUGAAACCCUAUCCACACAUACUAAGGUGGUUAGCGGAUUGUGCUAGCAGGGAAGCAUAUAAGAGGGCGAUGGAGAAGGGCGAUCCAGAAAUGGAAUGUCUUGUAGGAGCCGAGCCACCAAACGUCAAUAUGUUUGAAGUCGGUGGAACUAAAAGUGAUCAUUGGAAAAAGAAGCUGAAUGAGGGUCAAGCGACUCUCUAAGCAAUUAAAGGAUGGGCUAUGAUUUUCGUCUAUGUGCGCCUCCC